AAGCAACUUGAAACUGGCAAUUUAGAUCCUCGAGAACUGAAGCGUGCAUGUGAGGCUCAGGCCAAAGACUUCCCAAAAGGUAUUCCUGAAUGUGGGACGGACGCGUUGCGCUUUGCUCUCUGUGCUUACACCAAACAAGGACGAAACAUCAAUCUGGACAUCCUACGUGUACAGGGAUAUCGCUUUUUCUGUAACAAGCUCUGGAAUGCAGUC